CUCGCCGUCCGGGCCCCGCGAGCCAUGGUGCCGGGGUUGCCUCCCGCGGGCUGCAGCCUAUGGGCCAGCUGCGCCUGAGCGGCGGCGCCCGCCUGCCCCCCGAUGCCCCCGGCGCCCCUGCCUCGCCGCCGCUGCUUCCCCCGCCGGGGCGGAGGAGGCUGCUCGCGCUGCUGCUCUUCGCCAUGCUCGCCUUGUGGCUCUGCGUGCUCUAUUCGUGCGCCGCCGGGGCGUGCGCUUCCGCCGCGCCGGGUCUCCUGCUGCUGCGCGGCUCGGCUCCUCCUGCCCGGCGGGCGCACAACCCCGCGGCGCUUUCCAAGCUGCUGCUGCUGCGGGCGCCGGGCUCCAAGGGCCAGCUGAGUCCCGAGCAGGAAAACGACGACGAGGACGACGACGAGGACGACGACGGGGGGAAUAACAACAGCAACGGCGGCGCUGCCGUGGAUUCUCCUCUCAGCCCCAUCUCCAGCUUCCUCAACGGCUCCGGCACCAAGCGGCUGCCCCAGGCGGUGAUAAUCGGCGUGAAGAAGGGCGGCACGAGGGCGCUGCUCGAGUUCCUGCGGGUGCACCCCGACGUGAGAGCCGUGGGCGCCGAGCCCCACUUCUUCGACCGCAACUACGAGCGGGGACUCACCUGGUACAGGGAGUUGAUGCCAAGAACUCUCGAUGGGCAGAUCACCAUGGAGAAAACUCCCAGCUACUUUGUCACCAAGGAAGCCCCGGCUCGCAUCUCUGCCAUGUCGAAGGGCACCAAGCUCAUUGUGGUGGUGAGAGACCCGGUCACCAGAGCCAUUUCUGACUACACACAAACUCUGUCCAAGAAGCCUGACAUCCCCACCUUUGAGAGCCUGACCUUCAAAAACAGGACUACGGGCCUCAUUGAUACCUCCUGGAGUGCCAUCCAGAUUGGCAUUUACGCCAAGCACCUGGAAAACUGGCUCCUGUACUUCCCCAUUGGGCAGAUCCUCUUUGUCAGUGGGGAGAGGCUAAUCAGUGAUCCAGCUGGUGAGUUAGGCAGAGUCCAGGACUUUCUGGGCCUCAAGAGGAUCAUCACGGACAAACACUUCUACUUCAACAAAACCAAGGGUUUCCCAUGCCUGAAAAAGGCUGAAGGCAGCAGCAAGCCCCACUGCUUGGGCAAAACCAAGGGGCGGACCCACCCCAACAUAGACCAGGAAGUGGUCCAGAGGCUGCGGGAAUUCUACAGGCCCUUCAACAUGAAGUUCUACCAGAUGACUGGACAUGACUUUGGCUGGGAUUGAUGGUUUAUUGCAGACGUUCUUGCCAGAGUUAAUCCCAUCAUUUCAGCUUGCUAUCCCCCUUAUAUAUGUAGAUAGGUCUAUAUGUAAAAUGUACAGAAAUCUAUUUUAUAAUAAUUUAUUUUUAAUUCUUAAGCAAUUAAUUCACUAAGCUGCCUAACCACACUGUAGCAGCCCAUAGCUGUGUUUUUAACAUUCCACAGUGCUGAAUCCUUCCUAUGCUCUCUCUCUUUUUUGUAGCCUGGUUCAGUUUGUGCUGGAAAGUGCUUCCAAGUAUCUUCUAUGAGAAAAAUUAAUAUAAAAGAAAGGUUGGUUGGUAAGGGAGAAAGAAUUUAAAAAAGCACAAUUUUAUUUUCCAAUACGGGUACUAGGCAUUUUGAAACACUUUUGUGAAUGGCCCUCCAGCUAGCAUAUUUGCAACUGAGUUUUUGGUUGGCUAUGAAAUUUUGUGGAACUCAAAGCAUUUAGGCCUAGCUUAAGCCUUUACAGGUGGGCGUGGCACGAGUGCAGAAGGAGAUUCUCUCCAGCCCUAUGGCUGCUGCCUGUUUCUCAGAUAUGUUUUCCGUGAUGAGUACAACUCUCCUUGUAGAAAGCUUUGACCUUUAAGCAGAUUUCCUGGACUGACAACUAUGCAUAUUUGGUCCAGCUUUAACUUGUUCCUGCUGAAAAUGUGAAAUGCUUCCUUCGGGCACAAUUCAUAUGGGGUGCUUCUUUUUCUUUUUUAUUAAAAAAAACCUGGUCUUGCAAAAGAAGACCAUGCAGUCUGAACUUGUAUAGUGAACCACUCCCUGCUAUGUAUAACUGAAUGAUAGGCCUGAUUGCUGAUAGCCCUGCAGACAGGAUGCUCUCAGAUUAGAACAUGCAGAGUUACAUGCCUCAUCACCCUGCAUGAAGUCUUCUUUUUCUAAGAGAGUUAAUUAAAUCCCCCCCUUCCGCUGGUGCUGAGCUGAAAGUUUUGGACUUUCAUAUGGAGUCAAGUGGGAUGUGGGGGGAAGUAUGCACUUCAUUAAACCCUUGAGAGAGGGGUUGGAAAUCAACAUGCAGGGACCAUAGACAGUCUGAACCUUGCCAAAGAAUUCCACAACCUCCCAAGACUAGCAAACAGCCUAUUCCUGCCCCUGCCCUCAAUCACAUUAUGCUAAGGUGAACUGAAUGUAACAUCUCGACACAUUUUAAUUGGACCUCCAGGAAAAUUGCUCCCAAUGUAGGUACUUCAUGGCAACUUGAAGGUUGGGCAUGUCUGACUAAUGUUGCGGUGAGUGAGCUACCAUCUUGUAAUAAAACCUCUGUUCAGUUGCGCUCCCCCCCCCUUUGUGUGUGUUUCAGUUCUCAACACAUUCUCGAAGUGUCCCACAUUGGACACACACUGAACAAUGUGGGCAUAACUGUCAGAUUUAUUCUGAGAAGUAACUGCAUAUGGAAUGUGGGAUUCCUCAGAUGGCUGUAUACAAUUUGUGUGCGCACGAGCACCUACACAUUAUUCUAAGGAUGUAGACAUUCCUAUGAACAUUUAGCCUCUGUGUUGGCCAUCUUUGGACCUAUGAUGCUUACUGUCUCACCUGCUGGUGAAGCAGCACUCUAGAACAGGCUUCCCCAACCUUGCCCCCUCCAGAUUUUGUUGGAUGCCAACUCUCAUCAUCCCUGACCAUUGGGCACCUUGGCUGGGGGGAUGACCGGGAUUCCAAAAACAUCUGGAGUACCAGAGGUUCCCCUUCCGGAUUUACAUGUUGAGCACUACAGAAGACAUGAAAGCUGGACCUUGCUAUAGACCUCACUCCAUCCUUUACACCAGGGUUGGUCAGCAUGGUGUCCUCCAGAUGUUGCUGAAACCACAGCUCCCACAGUCCCAUGUUGGCUGAGGCUGAUGCGAGUGGGACUUCAGAAACACCUGGAGGAAUGCUACUAUAGAAAAAGUUGCUUGAACCCACCUUCUUCCUACUAAAGUGAGAUGCAACACAUGCACACUUAGUCUAUUCCUUCUGGAUUCUCAAUAGAAUCUGUGACAUGCUUAUGCGAUAACCAUGUUGUCAAGCCAUGCAGCUUCCCUUGCUCCAGGAAAUUGUACUGGGUUUUUCUUUUAUAUCUCCUUCGUUUUCCAUUUCUAAACCUUUUUCUUAGUUGGACUGCAGAACUCAGUGCUUGGACUUUCUUCUUCUCCUCUGAGUACCUUUGUAGUCUGAUGCCUUCCUCUCCAUUGCACAAAUCACAUUGGCAAAGUAGGUGUUGUAUCCACAGAACCUGUUCCAAAUGGUUUUAUGAAAUAAGUUGAGUGAUAACUCUGCCACUACUUCACCGUUCAGUAUCUUGAACAAAAUUCCAAUCCUGGCUGAGCAGACUGUAUGGCAUAAAUAUUAUGAAACCAGUUAAUUUAAAAGACCUUACCUACAUAUCAUGGUAACCAUGGUGGACCUUGCACCAUAUGGCAUUUGAAACUGUUCAAGCUAGCUUCCAUACGUUAACUUUUUAAUGUUCACGAGAGGGUACACAGUCGAAACUCAGAGGUGUGGUUGGACUUGUUUCCCCCCACAUGGUAACAUUAAUUUAUGGCUGAGUUCCAUUCAGCAGUAUGUCCAGAUAUUAGCAAUAUUUUUGUGUGUGUGUUUGCUGUAACAUGAUACAUCUUAGACUAGUCUACUUGUAAAGGAAAGCAAAAUGGCAAGCAAAAACUGUAAAUUGAGUAUUUUGUGGUAUGUACAACACAAAUUAAUUUUACACAGAGGUUUCUAGGAAAAUGAAAUUUUGAUUCAUACUAUUUCUUUGUAUGAAGAAAUAAAAUAUAUUUUACCAAACCAUGGAGACCACCUCAUUUUCCUUUUCAACAUGUGAGUAAACAGAAAUCAAAACAAAAGGUUUGGCUAUCAGAGGAAUCCAAAUUGGGGCCAGGGGAGUAGAGUGGUGGAUAGACUAGUGCAGUGACUGGUGAGGGCAAAGGGCAUAUCCUCCACUACUGGUUUUUUAAAAUAUGUAUUUCAGUUUUUAUAUCAUUAUGCCCCCCCCCCCCCGGUACAAAUCUCAACAGUGAAAUACAGAGCGGUUAUACAUAUUAUCAGUAUCGUUACACAUUGCCUUGCUCCUUAAAGUGCCGCAUGUAAAAUAAAACAAUUUAAAUAUACAGUAUAAAGAUGCAGAUGUCCUCAGGAGAGCUCUCCAUAAUGUUCUGUGUUGAAGAUGGAUUCUCUCUGAGGUACAGAUGAAAUAAAGCCAUACCAUUUUUCAUGGAAAGUGUCCCCCAUUAUUAUUUACUGAAGGGCUCUCAUCAGGCCUCUCCGAGGGGAACGGAGCAGCUUUGGAUUGAGCAGCUCAAUGGUCAGCUCUGCUCCAUCCCCAUGAUGCCUUGCUUUGGGAACUUACGCUGGCAGCUGGCAACGGGAACACCAAUAGCAUCUGUGUUCUCUUUGUUGCACAUUCUUCAGUAGGAGCCUCCCUGGUGGUGGAGCCCCCCUGGCUGGACGCCUCUGCUAUAUCCUAACCCCCCUCAAGCAUGAGUGAUCAAGGGAUUGCUCUCAGGUCUACUUUUGGAAUUAUUAUUCCACAGAAAGCAAUAUUCUACACAGGGAUGUUUGGAAGAAGUCCUCUGGAUGGUGUGAGUUGGUGGUAAACAAAUUCCGCCCCUCAGCCCAAUUUCAGAAGCCCUAUAUAAGCAAUCUCUUGCAGGAGUGGGCUAUCCUUCUCUUGUGGAUGUACUGGGCAGAGAGAAAGAGGGAAAGAGAAAAAGGAGUAUUCAGGAAAGAGAAGGGGAAUGGUUCUGCUAACUGCUGGCACAGAGAUGGAUUAUCCCAGAGGGAAUGAACCCCUCAAUUAUUCAUUCAUUCUGAACCCUCUGAUCUCGGUAGCACAGCACCGAGAGAGUGCAUGUCCUCUAUUUUGGUGAUGCAAGGUCUCAACAGCUUCCCAAACAUUUUGUGCCUCUGAAAAAUAACAGGAUAGCUCCAUUUUAAGGUGAUUCUUGAUAGAGAUUUCAUUGGCCAACAGUUCCUUGAGGUAUUGCAAACAGGUUGUUAGCAACAAGUUUUUGAAUUAAAAAACAUCAACCAGAUUUUCUCUAGAAAGUGUAAACUGGCAUUUUGAUGCCGAUGCUGAUGUGAACUCUGCAAAAAACAAAAACACACUGCAUGCAGGAGGAGGAACAACAACCUUACGAUAAGUACCCAUGUGGAAGCACCCCUGGCCAGAGACCUGGCAGCCACCAAAAUGUUAGUAAAGAGAGAAGAAGGGUUGAGACAGACCUGAACUGCUUUCCAGAUAGAAAGCUCAAAGCUAACUCCACUAUUUUAAAGCCAUGAAUAGAUGUUUAUUUUUCAUGGCCUACAAGUUUCCCAAACCCACCUUGAAAUAUAGUCUCUGCUUCAAGGCUGCUCUCAUCCCUGAUUGGUGAUUUUGCUGGGACCAAAACAAAUGUUUCCUAUUUUACAACAUAUUAAGAGAUCAGUCCCUCUCCUCCCAUAAUAAAUUAGGAGACCAAUUGCUUAAUGAUUAGGAAAAUACAGGUGUUUGUAAUGCAGACCCCAUUUCUUGAAAAAGCAGCCUUGUUUUCAUAUUUUUUCUGGAGGAGGAUAGUGAAAGAUCCCUUUAUGCUACACUUUUUUAAGGAAGGAGGGAAAGAAAAGAAGCUUCUGCCUAUCUGGGUGUGUGCAUGUGGGGGAAUGGAGCACUCCAGACAAAUCCAAAAUAGUCUGCAGCAACUGACCCACAUGUACUUUUGGCAUGGGUACAUUUAUCUCUCUCCCAUUCCCAGCAAUAAAAAAAGAAGAACCCAGGUGGCGCUGUGGGUUAAACCACUGAGCCUAGGGCUUGCUGAUCAGAAGGUCGGCGGUUCGAAUCCCUGUGAUGGGGUGAGCUCCCGUUGCUUGGUCCCAGCUCCUGCCAACCUAGCAGUUCGAAAGCACGUCAAAAUGCAAGUAGAUAAAUAGGAACCACUAUAGCGGGAAGGUAAACGGCGUUUCCAUGUGCUGCUCUGGUUUGCCAGAAGCGGCUUUGUCAUGCUGGCCACAUGACCUGGAAGCUAUACGCCGGCUCCCUUGGCCAAUAAUGCGAGAUGAGCACCGCAACCCCAGAGUCUUUCACGACUGGACCUAAUGGUCAGGGGGUCCCUUUACCUUUACUAUUAGGUUUGCAAAUUAAUGCAGGAAGUCACAAGCAGGUUAAUAGUCUAUUUUCCUCGCUGAAGAGAUUUGCUUCGGAUCCAUCUAGUCUGACAGCCUGUGUCCUGCUGUAGCCUACCAGGUUCGUCUAGGUAAGAAGCCACAGCUGCGUCUAGACUUCUACAUGUGGUUGGGAGAGAGCGCGUAAGUGUA